CUUGUGGGUCCCCUGAGUCUGGAAAUUCUGUUCAGCUUGCACUCUUGAGAACGAUGAUUGUCGUGGAUGGUGCUUUCAAAUUUCCGGCCGCAAGUUGCUCCCUUUCGGCUUGGAUCAGCUACCAUUCUACCAGGAUACCAACUUUAGAUGUUUUUUGAUCUUAGGCUUGCAUUGAAGAUUUUAGAAGAGCCGAGGUGCUCUGUCCAGCGGAUUUCUUUGAGACCAAACUGCUUUGAGGCUUUGGGCCUUGAAUCGACUCAAUGCACUGCAAACAUUUCUGACAAGGACCUUCUCAGAUCAUACUUCAGGCAACUGCAGAAUUUGUGGAAUCGUUUUCUUUCCUUGGCUUGCUGGGCCUCCUGGAAUUUAGAAUUGUUGAGUGUUUGCCUUUGGACUACCAUUCUUGUUCGUGCUUCUCCGAGCAGGUUUUCAGAGUUCAAAGCCCAUCAACGCGUGAGGGACUGGUACCAUGAUUUCAGGAAAAAGCUGGAGAUCUGGAAAUCAAAAAUAGCAAGUGGUCUUGUCAAGUGUAGUGACUCUGCUGAUCAAUGCAAUGUGGAUGUAAGUGCCAACAAGCUUUGCUUUUGCAUUGGGAUCUCGAGCUACUCAAACCAGGGGAAAUGGAAUGCUCUUCCGAAUGCAGCUGCUGAUGCAGUGAAGGUAUCGCGUGCCUUUGCGUCCCUCGGCUAUACAUGUCAUACAGUUGCCCAGGAUGUGGUGAAUGACAAAGAUUUCCAGCAUGAAUACGAUCAACUUUUGUCCGCCGUCAACCAGGAAACUCAAGUUGUUGUUCUAUAUUUUGCUGGGCAUGGCACUGAAAUCAAUUCAAAGUUGCACCUGUGCUUUAGCGAUGCCUCAUGUGGACAUCCAUCUGCAGGGAUGCUUGCAGAGGAGGAACUCACAAAGCCAAUUCUCAACAUGCGGACCCCUGCCCCAAACCAAAGCCUUGCGCUGAUCUCAAUGUUUGAUUGUUGCAGAGAUGAUUUGGGGGCAAUAGAGACACACAGCGGGUAUCGAAGCUUGCGAGGAAGGACUCGUCAGUAUGGAGAAAUUCGAUCUUGCUUGUCAGGGAGACAGGCUUCGGAUGCUUUCGGGGCAUCAUCGUCUGGUCCCUUUGCUCACGCUUUGUGUCAUUAUUUGUAUCAAAACCAAGCAUAUACUCUCAAAGAGCUGUAUGAGCACGUGGGAUCCUCCGUGAUGAGAAAUACACGGAAUCGGCAGAUGUGUGAAUUGAAGUGCGAAUCUACUGAGCUGUCUCUACGCUUCGAUCUAUUUGUUACUGAUGAAAAGUUUGACACUCUUCUCUCAUCCAUGGAGGAUGCAGACAGCAUAGAGCGGGACUUGAACGGGAAGCCAGACUGUGGAGAAGUUGCAGGUAUCGAAGACCGUGUGGCGCUGCGACAGAAGGUAGCGGUGCAGAUGUGUGGGAAUACUGCCAGGAGCUCCAAGCAGGUAGCGGAGAUGCGUGAGAACCCUGCCAAGAGCUUUAAGCACCAUGCCAGUGUUCCGAACCGCCUCAUCAAUGUUGAACAUCCACCUGAGCCCUUGCCCGUCAUUGCCAGGGGUGCUCUAGUGUUUGCUCUACUGAGCCUUCUGAUUCUUGGUUGCACGUGCUUGUGGCUUUGUGAUGAGAGGCAACGGCUACAGCACCGGGUGCUAGUACUGGAAGAAGAGAACAUGCGAUUGAGGGGUCACGCUGUCCUGGAGUGCCUAAAGACCAUGUGUGGAGCCUUCAAGUCCCCACAACCCUUUGCAACCGCUGCAUUUGUUGUUGCUUUCGCUAGCUUACAAACCGUUCUGGUUGGAAAAUGUAUUUGGCUCAGAAAACGAUCACGUGAGUUGACCUUGGAUUUGUGGGAAGAAAGGUAUAAUUGCAAGUGGAUGGAGACAAAGGCAUUUGAGCUAAGGCAAAAAUUGGACCAACAAAUUUUGGAUUGCAACUCUUGGAAAACAAGAGUGCACCAGCUUGAGCUGAGCUUGGAUAAACAAAAUGCAAAGCUAAGAGGAGUUGAGUGUGACUUGGAGAGGAAGGAAACAGAGGUAAGUCAGCUUGAGCAGAGUUUGAGCUCGAUGGAGCGUUUCGAUGGUGCCACUGUUGUCGCUGCGGCUGGUGCUGGUGUAGUAGGUGGUGUUGUGGGUGCCAUCGGUGCUGGGUUUGUGGGCGCGGCCGCUGUGUGGGGUUCUAUUUGGGGUGCUGCAGCUGCCCGUUCAUCUUCUCCUGACCGCAGGCGGUAGUGCAUGGUGUCAGUGCUUGAAGCAGCAGCGGCUCCACGCUUCUACACAGUUCUCUGGUUUUGCCGUAGCUUACAGUUAGUUGCAGCUGGAACUUGCAGCAGUUGGGUUCCAAAAUUUGUAUGAUUUCCAAGUCCAAUGCUGUCAACGUGGCCCAAAGUUGGCCAAUUGCUGUUUCAGGAUC